CACGAUGGCACGCAAUAAUGCACGAAAUGAAUUAAUCAACAAAUUCUUGGCAGAGCCGCUCAGCUCUGCAGUCUCCUCUGCUCUUGCAAGAGAGAUCUAUCUGAAGUCCUCCCAGCAACCGGUAUUAUUUCAUUUCAUCCACCUCCGCCUCCGCCUCCGCCUCCUUCUGCUGCCUUUGUUAUCAGCUUUCGAUCCUCUAGCUACUCUCAUCUCGAUCAUCAGCUCGCUCUCCAUCCUUGGGUUUGCAUGCAUACAUCGGGAUUUCUUCUGGCAUUCCCUUGAUGCAGCAACAUCAUAUAGAUAUAUAUCGCCACCACAGUUGUUGAGCUCCGUUUUUUUGCCAUGCCCACAAGGGACGACGCCAUGGGUGCUGAUCCAAAUAACCAUCUGCUGCAUUCUUAUCCAUCUCGGGAUGACACCCUUACCAGCGGUGAAUCUGAAUUAUCGGAUGACGCCAUCUGGAGACCGCCUGAGGCAGCCGACGACAUGGAAGAUGAUGGGACGACAUCUGACGACACUACAACACAAGAAGACGAGGAGGAGGAUUCUAGUGGCGGUGAUGGCAGUUUCAGCUGGUGUCAGCAGCAGCCCACAAGCAGCAACGCCAACGCCGCCUACAGCUACAGGGAGGAGCGGCAGAAAGCCAUGCUCAGAGCCAUGAACGGCCAGCUCAAGAUGCUCGCCGCUCGCUUUCUAGAGUCGGCCGGCAUCCCUGCUGCUCUACACCAAUUGCAAGGCGCCGACACCUGCUGCUGGCUCGACAUCGUCACCUCCCUGUCCUGGGAAGCCGCCCUUCUUAUCAGGCCUGAUGCCACUGCCGGCAACGAGAUGGACCCUUCCUCUUACGUCAAGGUUAAGUGCCUAGCAUCUGGUACCCGGCGCCAAUGUGAGGUCAUCAGGGGCUUAGUCUUCAAGAAGAAUGCCGCCCAUAAGCACAUGCCCACCAGUUGUCACAAUCCCAGGCUACUUCCUCUUAGAGGAGUACUCGGUGAUUCGGAUAAUGGCUUCUCAUCAUUCAGUUCCAUAGAGCAGGAAAAAGACCAUCUGGAGAAGUCAGUCUGUAAAAUGAUGCAGAUUUGCAGACCAAAUGUUGUCAUGGUCGAGAAAACUGUUUCACGCGACAUACAGGAGCUUCUCCUCGAGGAAGGCGUCACUCUGGUGCUUGAUAUGAAGCUUAACCGGUUGCAAAGGAUCGCUCGCUGUUCUGGCUCUCCCAUACUAUCGUUCUCAGAGGUUCUAAGUAAGCCAAAGUUGAAGCAGUGUGACUACUUCCAUAUCGAAAAAGUUACUGAGGAGCACAACCAUACCGUUGAAGCUGGAAAGAGGCAAUCUAAAACAUUAAUGUACCUGGAAGGCUUUCACAAGCCAUUGGGAUGCACAAUAAUGCUACGAGGAGCGAGUAGUCAAGAACUGAAGAAAGUCAAGCAAGUCAUGCACUACACAGUGUUUGCAGCAUACCACCUUGUUCUUGAGACAUCCUUCUUUGAAGAUCAGAGAGUAAUAUUGAACAAUAAAAAUGCUUCCCAAGAAAAAAAUUCUAUCAGUAGUAAGGCGGAAUCAUCAGUAAUACGUCACGGAAUCCCUGCUCCCUCUAUUGGUUCUCACCCUGUCGGUCCUAAGUAUCCCUUAACUUCUAGUGAAUCGGUAGAAGAACCCACUAAAGGGAAGACAGUUACCGUUUCUUCAACAAAAAUCGAAGAUCUAAAUUCACUUGAGAAGGGCUUCCCUAAUGAGCUCCCCGAGGGUCCAGCCAUCUAUUAUGAUUCUAAUCAGGCACUUCCUUCUGAAAGACUAGUAUCGUCAGUCCCAGGAUCACCAAGAAGAUCCAUUGAUAUAUUACGUUAUCAGAAUAUUUAUUUACCAGUCACGUCUUCUCAAGAGACAACUGAUCAUCAGAAAGAAGACAUGCUUCAAUACUGUCAAAUCAUGGCAGGUAAUAGUGUACAUAUUAGCCCGAAUGUUAGGGUACAAGCUGGUUCUGGUGAGAAUGUGGAUCACUUAAGCAAUCCCCGGAAUCGAGCAUCCACUGAAAGCAAUCAACAAAUGGCAUUGGAUGAUCCUUCGGUUAGUGAGCAACCAUCAACUCCAUUGGAAAAUGGGGAACAACAAAGCACCAGCUACGUUAGCGGAGACAAGACCUCAGAUAUAGACGAGGUGGAUGCUGUCUUGGAGUCGCAGAGCAUACUUAUUUUGUUGUCCAGCCAAUGUAUCACGAAGCAAGUUAUCUGCGAGCAGAGCCAUCUAUCCCGUAUAAAGUACUAUGGAGAUUUUGAUGUCUCCUUAGGACGAUAUUUGCAAGACAUUUUGCAGAAUCAGAAUCUCAGCUGUUCCUCAUGUGGAGAACCCCCAGAGGCUCACAUGUACUCAUACACUCACCGCAAUAGGAAUCUGACUGUUGUUGUGAAGCGUUUGCCUAAAUACUGUUUACCUGGUGAAUCAGAAGGAAAAAUUUGGAUGUGGACUAGAUGUCUAAGAUGUGAGCAUGAAAGUGGGAUCUCUAGAUCAUCACGAAGGGUGCUAAUGUCAGCUGAAGCACACUAUCUUUCGUUUGGGAAGUUCCUUGAACUCAGUUUUUCCAGCCAUUCAACUGCUAGAAGGCUAUCAAUAUGUGGACAUUCGUUGAAUAAGGAUUGCCUGCGCUUUUUUGGGUUGGGCUCCAAAGUUGCAAUGUUCCAGUAUUCAUCAGUCAAAAUUUACACUGCCUCCAAACCACAGCCUACUCUUGAGUUUCACAACCCCAAUGCUCAUGAAUGGUACGGGCAAGAGGUAAGAAAUGUUCUUGCUAGAGGAGUCAUGCUUUUCUCUGAAGUCACAGGGUUACUACAGAACCUGAAGGAUCAGUUUUCUGAGGUGGUAAUCUAUUGUGGCGCCUUCCUUCCUAUUGAAGAGUUCUCCCAACUUGAAGAUAUGUUGAUUAAAGAGAAGUCCGAGUUCAUGUGUACUCUAGCACAGGCAGUUGAUCGAAGUGGCACACCAAGCUCUGUGCAUGAGAUCCUUAGUGUAAAUUGGCUCUACCAGGAUCUUCUGCUUGAACUGUAUGUGUGGGAUCGCCGGCUGCAUCAACUUGUAGAGGGCAUAUCAGCUGAAAGAGAAAGAAUGGGAAUUAGCAUCAAGGGAAUUUCUGAAUUUAAAGGUGACCAAACUGGAGCAGUUGCUGAAGCAGAUGGUGUUACUGAAUGUACAAGCAACAAAGUGUCCUUCGAGAAUGGAUGUAUCGAGAUAGACAAGUUCAGUGAACCAGGGACUGGCACAACCUUGCUUGAUGAAAAUGCAUGGUUGGAGAACAAUGAGCUAGUUGCACGUUCAAUGUGUCCAAAGCAAGAGCCGUUGAGUAUUCGACAGCAGUCCAGACUUCCCCCAUGGGAUGAUAGGGAAAAAUGGGUUUGGAACCCAUUGCAUGAGUCCAGAUUGGCUUACAGGCAGGACCUGGAGGCCGGAUGUCUGGAAAGGUUCGAACUUGUUAACCACUAUUGUUCAUCUCAUCUAUCCCCCUUGCACAGACACAAUCAAUCUGGUGAGGAGGUGGGUUCUCCACAGUUCACAGUAGGUCCAUGUGGCAGCGUCUUGUGUGUAUCAGAGGAUGAGAUAUCCAGCAUAAUAUCCCGUGCUCUUGCCAUAUCUGAGGAACGUCGUUACUUACUGGAUGCUAUCACUGAGAGCGCACCAGCAGACAGCAGGGUCGGAGAGCGUACUAAAACAAUGGAGAAGUCUUACAGCUCGGUAUCUGAAAUUUCCUCUGCUUCUUCGUCCUGGUCGUCUUCCGGAUCUUCAGAUUCUGAGGCAAGCAUUUCAUCUGAUGACCUCUCCAGCUAUGAUAGCUCGCUUCUGUCAUCCGCUCAGCAUCCGGAAAUAUCUGUCAAUGGGAGAGUAGUUCUCAAAGGGAAAUAUUCAGUAAUCUGUGUACACUCUAACCAGUUCUACAAUCUUCGAAAGAAAUGCUGUCCAUCGGAGCUUGCGUACAUUACAUCCUUGAGCCGUUGCAAGAAGUGGGAUGCUCAAGGCGGGAAAAGCAAGGCUUUCUUUGCAAAAACAGUGGAUGACAGGUUCAUCAUAAAGCAAAUAAAGAGGACAGAGUUUGAGUCCUUCAUAAAAUUUGCUCCUGAUUACUUCAAGCAUGUUUACCAUUCUCUGGACACUGGGAGCCAAACUUGCCUUGCUAAAAUCCUAGGAAUCUACCAGGUCAAGCAAAUAAGGCAUGGCAAGGAGAUUAAGAUGGACCUGAUGGUGAUGGAAAAUAUCCUGUUUGGGCACAAUGUGUCCCGGACAUAUGAUCUGAAAGGCGCUGUCUUUUCACGGCAUGUCUCUGACUCGAAUGACCAUGACACCGUGUACUUGGAUCAAAAUUUUGUGGAUGACAUGCGCGUUUCUCCAAUCUACAUUGGUGGAAGAACAAAGCAUCUGUUGCAGCGGGCAAUCUGGAAUGAUACGGCUUUUCUCACUUCGAUCAAUGUUAUGGACUACUCUCUACUUGUGGGAGUGGACAAGCAGAAGCAUGAGCUCGUGUUUGGCAUCAUCGACUACCUGAGGCAGUAUACAUGGGACAAGCAGCUGGAGACAUGGGUGAAAACGUCUCUGGUGGUGCCCAAGAACGAAUCGCCGACGGUGAUUUCCCCCAGGGAGUACAAGAAGAGGUUCAGGAAAUUCAUGAGCAAGUAUUUCCUGACAGUUCCAGAUGACUGGAGCACGGAGAAUCGCCCGGUGUCCUGCAAAUCCUGUGCUCACGCUGGCAGCGCCAACUUGCCGGACGAGAAACCACCUACGCCUGCUAAUGGGGUUGAACCCGCUCUAAAUCCGCCCCCUACCCAUAUUUCAAGAGCCCUAACUACCACCCGCCCGACCCACCCCGUCGGCCAAACCGCCCCAACCCGAAGUCAUGACGGAAGCUGAUAUGUGACUUACGCUCCGAUCUACGACCAUUGCGCCACAACCCGUCCCAACCCAUCUGUGUCGUCAACCCAACCCGCCCCAACAUGUUUCAUAGUGUCACCCGUUUUCACCCAUCCAAUAAUACCCGUAUUAAAACCCACCCAAAAAACCCGUCAAACCCCGCCCCAUUAGUAGGAGUAAAACCACCUCAGCAUCCAAAUAUAAAUCCAAAUCCAAUCGUGGCGUGUGCGUAGUUCUCUUUGGCUCCCAGGGUUUUUGAUGAGAGACUUCUUUCUUCUGGCUUAUUGUUACACAUUCAGCUGCCAAGUAGUCCAAAGUAUGCAGCUUUAUUUUAGGCAAAUUAUUGGAGCCACAAUGCGCCGAGGUCCACAACCACAAUACAUGUAAUUUCCCAGUUAAAACAUGAUUUAUAUCAAUCCCACCUGACUCAUGUCUAUCUGUAA